AUGGUAACGAACUUUUUGUCGUCACCAACACUCUCAUCAUCUUUCGGGCGGCGAGUUCUUCCGUCUUCACGACGAGUCCAUAUCACCAAAACGCGACGACGACGUCGAAAGGUAUCACUGAAUAAUAAUGAGACGUUGUUAGAAGGAGGAUGUUGUGAAAAAGAAAAAGCAGUGUUAGGAGUAGGUAGUUGUGGGUUAGACAUUCUCGCGCGACUCGAAAAGUUUCCUCAACCAGAUGAGAAGACGCGAAGCGAGACGCUCGUCAUGGAAGUCGGCGGUAACUGUGCGAACGCGUUAACGGCAGUGUCUCGACUCUCGGAAGCCUCCUCGUCGUCAAUCUUAUUUACGAAAAUCGGUGACGACGCGACUGGGAAAGAUAUAAUUUCAAUUUUAGAGAGAGAAGGUGACACGUUCGAUACGAGUAAAGUCGUGCACGGCGGAACAUCGCCAUCGACGUAUAUCAUUUGUGUCAAAGAUAAAGCGAACGAUGACCCGACGCGCACGUGCAUACACACCCCAAGCAACGAACCUUUGAUGAAUUCUGAAGUAACGGAUGCGGAUAUCGACUCUUUGUUCGCGUCGUCGCCGCGCGAGAUUGGCUUGGCAUACUUUGACGGAAGGUUAACGGACGUCGCCCUCCGAAUCGCUAUAAAAGCACGCUCUCUUGGGAUUAAAAUACUCGUCGAAGCUGAGAGACUUCGCGGCGACGAUUUAGAUGCGUUGUUGAAACUUGCUGACUUUUGCGUGUGUUCAAAAAGUUAUCCGCAAGAAAAACACCCCAACGAUACGAAUUCGUUCGGAACCGCGUUGACGGAGAUGGCAAAUUCGACACUUUCAGACCGGUGUAAACUUUUAAUUGCGACGCUUGGUUCCAGAGGUUCUGUCGCUUUGCUUUUUGAUGAUGCGAGUGUUGAUACCGACACCGGCGCAACUGUGCUUGUUCGUAGCGUGGACGAGAUUAUCGAAGAGAUGGAAAGAGCGUUCCAAUCGAGAAAGCAAAGUGAGGAAUCUGGUACACCAUAUUCAUCAUCAUCAUCAUCAUCAUCAUCAUCAUUAUUAUCAUCAUCAUAUCGAUAUAUACCCGAACACGCGCUCAUUAGUGACAGAGUCUACAAUUUGAACGGUUCAGGUAAACGCGCUAAAGUCGUUUUUCAGCCGGCUGCACGUAUCAGUAGCGAGGACAUGGUGGAUACGACUGGCGCGGGAGAUGCGUUCAUCGGCACGGUGGCGAAAGGUUUAUCGUGUGGUGCAGACAUUCUGAAAACGUUACGCUUGGCGACUUUUGUCGCUGCACAAAAGUGUUUACAAGUUGGUGCUCGCGCAGGGCUACCGUUCCGAGAGGAAGUGCCGGAAGAGUUGAUGUACCCAUUCGCAGCAUCAUCCGGCGAGCUCCCCACCGCUACAUCGCGAAAAGGCAGAAGAAGUGCGAUGACGACGGGAGCCAUAUCUGCGUUCCUUCUCGCGUUCUCUUUCUCUGCACCAAAUGAAACUUUCGCUGCGAUUAAUGGCAGCUCUGUAGAUAUGAAUAAACUUUCGCAAUUGUUUAAUCAGGCUAUGAAUGCAAGUUCGUAUGAGGACGCAGAAAAUGCGUGGUCUAAAGCUAUCGAGUUAGCGCCGAACAACUCGGCUGCGUUGUCCAAUCGAGGAACACUUCGCUUGCAAGCUGGUCAAUGGAGCGAUGCGAUUGAAGACUUACAGAGGUCGAUUGAAAUAGACGUCAAGGAAGGCAAAACUGCCGAUGCUUCGGUAUUGAAUAACCUCGGAAACGCCAAAGGGGCGGUUGGAGAUUGGGAGUCAGCCAUGGACGAUUUCCUCAAAGCGUCGAAGGACGAUUCCAUGAGAGAAAUAGCCUUGGCAAACUAUGCCUUGGCGGCUUUUGAGACGGGCAUGGACGAGUUAGCCGUGAAAACCGCUCAAACGAUACUUCGAAAGGACCCGGAGUUUUGGGAUAUGCGCGCAGCUUUAACCGCUUUCCAUUGGGGCGCCGGGGAUCUGGAUAAAGCAGAAUAUGAGUGGCAAACUUUAUGCACCUCAGGCCGAGGCUUCGGUCAAAGCGAAUCGGCUGAAGGCGUACGAAGUUUUGGUGAUGUCGCGUACGCGAGUAAACUUUUGGAACAGCAACUGAAGCAACAAUUAGAUAUCGCCGCUGGAGUAACGGAAGAUGAGCUGGGUAACGAUACGCCGUGCCAACUGUACAAAACUACAGAUACAGUCGCAGGAAGAUGGCCACCGAGGCCCACAGCUGCCCUCGACGCAUAUUUGAGAGUAAAAGAUGUCGGACAGGCGCUCGAUUACGAUGGUAUCGUCAAAGAAUAUAAAUUCAAAUAG